AGCAAUGAAAAAUAAAAAGGAAAGCUUCCAUUUUUAAUGAUUAAUAAUAUUCCAUCCCACGUUGGAUCUAUCACAUCAAUCUUCUCAUUCUUCUUCUUCUUCCUCUUCUGCUCUUGUGACUCUCUCUCUCUCUCUCUCCCUCUCUCUCUCUGAUCUCUUGGAAAGAACACUUGAACCAGAGGCUUCUCGGUUCAUCGUUCUCUGGUUUUCUAGGUUUUUAGAUUCUGGGUAUGUCGGAAACUAUUCGGAGCGAGCAACUGGUAACUUGCAAGGUUUCAUCGCCGGAGAAUGGUCGCCGGGAUGAAGAAUCGGGGAGCAAGAGUGAUGACGACAGAGCAGAUGAAGUUUCCGACAAACCCAUGUUCGAAAAUUUCCGGAAACGGAAAAGAUCAGAAGAAGAUGAUAAUGUCCGUCGAGAAUCUGAAGAUGACGAGGACGGCGGUUUCAAGACGCCGACUCGUCCGGAAAACAGAGUGCCGGAGAUCACAGAAUGUCCGGCGGCGCCGAGGAAGCAGAGACCGGAGCUGUCGGAUAUUUCCGGUCGUAAAAGAGGGUCUUGCCGGAGACGCCUUGAUUUUUUGCCGGAAGAUAUCAUCAACCCGCUCUUGACAGAUUUGCAACGAAGCACAAGGAUGAUGAAGAUGGAAAAAAAAGUAGGAGACAGAUAAAAAAAAACUUUUUUUAAAGUGAUCGUAUGAUGUUAAUGGAGAAAACUUGUUUGAUUUGUUACGAUGAUUAUUUUGUGUAACAGUUAACACCACUCUCUUUGAUUAUCUUUUUUUUAAAAAAAAAUACUCGGUUUAAUUUUGAUGCUUCUA